AGAGAGGCCUGAGGCCCUGGACAGCUACCCACACUUGCGAGACUGGCUACGCACCAUCAACCUGCGACCAGAACUCAUCCAGGCAGUGGAAGCAAAGUUGUCCCUGGAUGCCUUACUGCAGAUGACAGGUGCUCAGGUGAGGGAUACAAUGCGAAGGCUAGGAUCCAGUUCAGAGGAAUGUGCCAGGCUCAUUGCUGCCCUCUCCUGUCUGAAUAGUGCCACUGAAUCAGGGGGUGAACUUAGAGAAGAUGGCAGUCCCUGGCUGUCUGAGCCCACCAGGAGGGACAGCGGCUCCCUACUGACUGCAGACCAACUAACUAAUCUGGGGACACCCCUCCGCCCUCACAGUCCUUCGCCUCUAGCCCGCCCAUCCACCGUCCAGUCCACCCCAUCCACCCCCUGCGCUACCUUCCAUCAUCCCCGCUCAGGCUCUGUGUCAGCGGUUCCCACACCUGAGGCGACCAUGUCAUACUUCCACAGCGAAAGCCCUCUCACAGAUCCAUUCCCCAUGUCCGUAGCUCGCGCAGCUCGGCUACACGGACACACUUCCACCCCACCCAUAACUCCGCCCUCAAAGAGGCGUCACCGACUGAAGCCCCCCUGCACCCCUCCGCCACCGUCCCGCAAAGUGCUGCAUCUACUUCCUAAUAUCACCCUGACACGCAGCAAAAGCCACGAGUCCCAGCUGGGCAACCGCAUCGAAGACCCACCCACCAACAAAUGUGUUAAAAAGAAUAAGUUGUUCUUGAAUAUGCAAGUUAAUGGGAACGGAUGUGAGGACUCACCUUCUCGUUACCCCGUCAUGCCUGCACGCACCCCCGGAGUCACCCCAGCUGCCACUACAGCACCAUACACCCUUCCUGGCACGCCUACCCUCCUGGAAGAGCACAGCACCAUUAAGAAUAACGUAGCAGUGCACCGCAGCUCCCCACAAGCAGUGAGAAGGGACAUAGGCCUAGCAGUCACACACAGGUUUUCGACCAAGUCCUGGCUGUCUCAGACAUGUCAGGUGUGCCAGAAGAACAUGAUGUUUGGGGUGAAGUGCAAACACUGUCGGUUAAAGUGCCACAACAAAUGCACAAAGGAAGCUCCAUCCUGCAGAAUCUCCUUUCUACCAAUUGCCAAAAUUCGGAGGACUGAGUCUGUUCCGUCUGAUAUAAACAACCCUGUGGACCGGCCGCCAGAAGCACCACAGUUUGGCACACUACCAAAGGCCAUUACCAAAAAGGAUCAUCCCCCAGUGCUGAACCAGCUGGACUCAAGCAGCAAUCCGUCCUCCACCACCUCGUCCACGCCUUCCUCCCCAGCACCCUUCCAGCAGAGUAACCCCCCCAGCGCCACUCCACCACCCAACCCCUCGCCCAAAGGCCAUCGGGACAGCCGCUUCAACUUCCCAGAUGUCUCCAGUCCUUCUCCUUUGCACUCUGAUGUCCUCCAAGACACUGUUAGUGAAAUAGAGCAAUCAACGGAUGACAUACAUGCUGAGCUGGUGGAAGAUGAAGACGAAGAGGAAGGGGAAGAGGAAAUUGAGGUUGAAGAGGAAGACCCCGACGCAGAGGAGGAGAUCGAGGACAAUGAGGAGGAUGAUGAGGACGAAGGCGAGGAUGAGGAUGACAGAGAGGAUAUGAGGAUGAACAUGGGCUCCGACGGCGAGUGUGACGGCGACGAGCUCGAUGAUCUGCCCAGCUCUCGAGGAAACCAGUGGAAGGGCCCCAUCUCCCGCAAGGCAAGCCAGACCAGCGUGUACCUGCAGGAGUGGGACAUCCCGUUUGAGCAGCUGGACCUGGGAGAACUCAUAGGAAAGGGUCGCUGGGGAAAGGUGCAUAAAGGUCGAUGGCAUGGCGAAGUGGCCAUUCGACUUCUUGAGAUUGAUGGGAACAAUCAGGACCAUCUGAAGCUCUUUAAAAAGGAGGUGAUGAACUACAGGCAGACCAGGCAUGAGAAUGUGGUCCUCUUCAUGGGGGCCUGCAUGGCUCCACCCCACCUAGCCAUCAUCACCAGUUUCUGUAAAGGCAGGACGCUGUAUUCAGUUGUCAGAGACACUAAAAACACUUUGGAUAUUAAUAAGACGAGACAAAUCGCUCAGGAGAUUGUAAAGGGAAUGGGGUAUCUGCACGCUAAAGGCAUUGUUCACAAAGACUUGAAGUCAAAAAACGUAUUCCACGAUACCAAUAAAGUAGUGAUCACAGACUUCGGGCUGUUUGGGAUCUCUGGAGUUGUUCAGGAGGGGAGACGUGAGAAUAAACUAAAGCUUCCACAUGGCUGGAUUUGUUAUCUCGCACCAGAGAUUGUGCGCAGGAUGAGCCCAGGUAACAAUGAGGACCGCCUUCCUUUCUCCAAUUCUGCAGAUGUGUACGCUUUUGGCACCAUUUGGUAUGAGCUCCAAGCAAGAGACUGGCCAAUCACUAACCAGCAUGUGGAAGCUACCAUCUGGCAGGUGGGGAGUGGAGAGGGGAUAAAGAAAGUCCUGGCAGAGAUCAGCCUGGGCAAGGAGGUCACUGAGAUCCUGUCCGCCUGCUGGUCGUACGACUUGAGAGAGAGGCCCACGUUCACCCAGCUGGCCGACCUGCUGGAGAAGCUGCCGAAACUCAACCGCAGGCUAUCCCACCCAGGGCACUUCUGGAAGUCUGCAGAGUAGGUAUCCCAGAAACGAAAGAGGAUGUGAC